AUGAAGCGUUCGUCGACUGUGACUUUCCAGUUCAACUCGACGUGGGCAAGCAUCAACCUUGGAGUCACUCUCUGUAUUGAUUGCUCAGGAAUUCAUUGGAGUCUUGGAGGUCACGUUUUGAAAGUGCGAUCGUUAAUACUCGACCAGUUGGAACCAGAAACAGGAAAACUUAUGAUGAUGCUUGGCAACGUUGUAGUCAACGGAGUGUUUGAGCAAAAUUUGGAAGGAUGGAAGAAGCCGACAACUCAGUCAUCACGAGACAAACAAGAGACAUACAUACAAGCUAAGUACAUCAACAAACAUUUUCUCUUGAAACAAAAGAUAGUGUCUAUCUCCAAACCAGUGCGAGUACCGUUUACUGUCGUCACCGGCUCAGAAAGUGAUGACAGCGGAGACGAGGAUCCUUUCCCGGUUGCUACUGACAAACGAGAAGUGACGAUGGAUUCAAUAGCGUUGUCUGAAGCUACAUCUGAUUCAGACAGGAUCAGUCCAGAAAUUCAUCGGAAGACCUACAGUCAGCCUGUCUCGCCAGUUGGUCGUUGUCACUGGACGAUUUCAAAACCAAAACGAGUACAAUCGCAGGACGAGUUGGACAUAUGGAAGGGUGAAGGUGAGGCAGGCAGCAUUAGUGAUACGGAAAUGGUGUCGAAGCUGAAGAAGUCGAGACGAAAGAAAGUUAUUCACAAGUUGAAGAAGUUGUGUCCAAAGAAGAAGCUGUUGACGAUGACAGGAACGCAGAAAGAAGAGAGUAGAUUGAGACAGUUGUCUGUUGAGUUGCAUACACAUGCUGGUGGUUUGGGAAAUAGUUCACAGAUUUUGUAUGAGGCGACAAAGACGGGCGAUAUUUCUAGGAUGCUGUUGGCUUUGGCAUGUGAAAGGAACAGGCAAAUGGACAGUCACCUCUUUACUCGACUUGGGCAUUCCUGUCACGCUGAUCAGUGAGUCUGUGUUUGCACGUUGCCUUUCCUCUUUGAGAGAUGAGAGAGUAACAGCCAGCAAGAGCUUGAAAGGGCCGAGUACGACCAAAUAUGAAGGUGACAGGAAGGAAAUGGUGGAGCACAUCAGACAGGUAGACAGUGAGAA